AUGGCAACAACGCGCCUCCGCAAAACAUUCAACUACCCCGACUCCUCAGACGACGAAGACACGGUCGAAGCUGGUCUAGACGCCGAAGACCAAGCCGAAAUCCUCAGCUCCCUGCACGCCCAAGACGGCUCCUCGACGCACCUCUACACCUCCCUCCUACUCCUCCUGCCCGCUGCAAUCGCGCUGCUCACACUGCCCGGCCUCGUGCACGCAUCGACGUUCGCCCCGAGUCUGCUCGCGCUCGCCAGUCUGGCUGCAAGUGCGUAUACACUGUACUACCUCCCUCUGCCGCCACGGAGCGUGGGGAUCAUUGUUGAUGGUCAGAGAGUCGGUAAGCGGAAUGAGAAGGCGACGGGCAGGUGUAGAUUGAACGCUGCGGCUUCGUCAGCGAGGGGGGAGAGGGUGGAAGUGCCGUGGCUGUCAAGUGAGGUGCAGGGGAUUCUUGCGCGGUAUAUCGUGCCGGGGAACGGGGCGGUCUGUAGUAUAUUGGCGGUCGCAGAGCUGGUUCAGAGGAGAGAGUGGAGGGAGGGCAUGAUGAUUGGGGGUGGGUAUCUGCCGGGGCUGGUGCUGACGGUUGUGCUCUGGGCGCGGAGGGAAUUGAGGGUUGUGGAUAUGAGUGAGCUGCAGCAGCUACGGUCUUGA